GGAUUUCACAUAAAGUGUCAUUCAUGUGUUUCUCACAACACCCCUGUGAAGCAGGUAUUUACAGUCCUGUUUUAUGAAUGAGUAAGUAGAGGCUUGGAGAGGAGACAUUGCUAAAGGUCCCCAAAUCAGGAAGUGGCAGAGCUUGGUUUUAAACCUAGGUUUCCUCUGACUCCAGUCUGUUAGGCUAGGUUCUCUUAUUUGCACAGGUUCUUAAAAUACAGUAAUGAUAGAGUCUUAAGUACAUGGCCUUUUAAUGUUAGCAGAAAGGAUGGGCCAAGGGGUUUGAGCCUAGUCUUAAAAUUGUUCUUAGGCAGCCUCAGCUGGGGCAGGGGUUGGGGAAACAGGAGUGUCAUGGCAGACCCUCACCCCUAGUUCUCUGUCAACCAACAGGUUGCUGCUUCCCUAUGGUUGGCAGCCAUGAGGUCCUGGCUUCUGCUUUCUGUGGUCCAUCUGCUCACAAUCUGGGAGAGGUGGGAGGAGAUGCUGCCUGUGAGGCCUGGGCAAGAAUCCCUGGCUUCCCUCAGCCUGGAUGACUACAUGAAGUCCACUUGUCAGCUGGUGCAGCCCACCUCAGAGCUGAACGAGGCUACAGUCAGGGCCCGACCCAGCAGACCCCACUGGCUAGCACAGGCAUGCAAAAAGAGCUACCUUACUGGGUCCCUAUAGGAUACCACCACUUGCUUCAGCAGCCAGCAUCCCCCACUGCCUAGGGCUAGUACUGCCCAUGUUCUGGACUGGCUCUUUGGUCAGUCCCAGGAAAGGCAGAUGAGAUGGAGGGACCUGCCAAGGAGGACUGGUCUCUCUGUUGAGCCCUGGGGUCCUCACAGACAGAUGAAUAGCAACAAGGUCUUGUGGAGGCCCAGAGGGAAACUCUGUGCUCCCAGGGCACCUAAGCACUAUCUGGUGAGACCAUUAAGGGACUAGAACCAGGGUUCCCAGACCUCCUGGCAACCCCUCCAGGCUGCAGCUUCUCCACCAAGCUCCAGCCCCAGUAAUGUUCUCAGAACUCUCUAUUUGCACCUCCCAGUUAUCCACAAACUCUGACCCCUCCCCAAUAAAGGCUUCUACACAGAGCAAGCUGGUCUUGUUUCACUUCUCCAUUUCCCAGGUCUUCGGGAGGGAAAUGAGUUUCUGCAAGGUCUGCCUGCUCUUAACAAUUUGUAGUGAGACCCUACUCUGAACAGUAAGAACAGCCUAUUGCACAUGAUGUCAUGUUACUGGUCCCAUUUGCAUUGCUCCUUACAGUUACUUAAUACCUCUGUUUCUCAAUUUUCUCAUGGGUAAAAUGGGAAUAAUUAAUGGGAACUGCUUCCUAGGCUGCUCUCAAGAGUAAAUGGGAUAAAACUCAGACAUAUCAUGGGCACAUGUUACAAGCCUAUACAUGAAAUAGCUACUGCCUAUGUGGGGAAAUGAGAUUGGGGCAAGAAGCGAGAUCUCUACCCCCAGUAGUUUCAGAGUGAGACUCUGGGUACUCUUAAGUCAACCCCCUGGCCUCCACUUUCAGAGCCCAGGUUCUAUGAGGCCCAAGAGAAAACACGGGGUCUCAGCAAAUGACCUCACUGUGUUUUGGGGGAACCUGUCACUGCUGUAUUGGGGGGUACCUCAGUGGCUCCAGCUUACAAAUCCUGUUGUAUUAUCAGGAGUGUUUUCCCCAGGCUAAGGGCCAAGAUAGAACCUGUACCAGCUCAGCCUGAAGGGUGCCAAAUGACUAGACCAGGUGAUCUUGUCCCCUCCUAUCUCUACCCUUUCCUGCUUCCACCCAGGGACCUCAACUGUGGGAUGCAGAGUGUUGUCCAGCUACCCUGUUCUCAGGCAAGUCCAGGGGCCAAGGCCUCACUCCACAUAUCCUUAGGCCCAGAUCAUUUUGGGCCAGUCCUUGGUCCCCCAGAAACUGGCAAAACUCCAUUUCCUGGAGGAAUCUGGCAAACAAGGAGGUGAGGGUGAAAAUUAGAGGAGAGGGAAGAUUUCCCUCCUCAGAGAGGUAGGUGACACAUCAGAAAACUCAAAAGAAUCAGGCCUGAGAACCUGUCACCCAGUUCCCUUGGGCUGGGCCACAGUUGGCUGACCCUGGUCAGAGUGACAGGGAUGGGGAGGGGAGAAGGACAGAGCUGGGGCUACAGCUAAGCUCACGGCCUUCCUCAGCUUCCUCUACCUCCUUGGUCUGUGGACUAUCAAACUUUAUUUUCUUUCCUUCUUUUUUCUUAAAGCUAUUUUUAAUUUUUUUUUUACUUUCAAAAUGUCAUCUGUUCUCUUUUAUGUGUUCUGUGAGGAGGCAGAAUGUAAACCAUACAUUUAAAAGAAAAAGUUUUAGACAAGCAAUUUCUCAGUUUCCUUAUUUUUGAAAUGGGGACACUAACACCUGCUUUUUAUACUUUAUAGCAGUUGGGGAAACUAGACAGAUUAACUUAGAGAUGGAGUUAUAAGCACUGCAUACAAAUGUUUGCAUCUGUCACACCAGCUGUGUCAAUGGUUGGCUCAAACUU